AUGGCAGACAAUGCGCCAAUUGAUAUCAUCCGAUCACACCAAGACGAUCUGGAUCGAGAGAGCGCAAAACAAGAGCAGAGGCUGAACCCGCAGUUGGAACAGCCAGCGGAGAUUGAUGAAGAUGAGAAAUACAAACGCGAUGUGCCACCGGACGGUGGCUAUGGCUGGGUCUGUGUCGCUUGCGUCUUCUGGAUCAACGCGCAUACCUGGGGUAUCAAUAGCAGUUAUGGUGUCUUCCUCAGUUAUUACCUCUCACACGACGUAUUCCCAAAUACAUCAGCUUUAUCAUAUGCCUUCACCGGCGGGUUGAGCAUCUCUUGUGCCCUUCUAGUGGCACCACUGGCUACCCGUCUCAUUCAUAUAUGGGGCACACGGUUCGUGCUAAAUUUAGGCGUUUUCUUCGAAACGCUCUCCCUAAUCGGAUCCUCAUUUGCAACCCAGAAAUGGCACAUCUUCCUCAGCCAGGGUGUGUGUUUCGGCUGGGGCAUGGGAUUUCUCUUCGUGGGCAGCGUCGGUAUCGCCCCGCAAUGGUUUGCGAAGCGCCGUAGCGUAGCUAUGGGUAUCACGGCAGGCGGGUCUGGACUUGGUGGCUUGAUAUACUCGCUUUCAGUUGGUGCUAUCAUUCCACGUUACGGACUGGCCUGGGCUUUCCGCAUCCUCGGCAUCAUUUCUUGUGUGGUGAACCUAGUUUGCUGUAAUCUUCUACGAGAUCGCAACAAGGCUGUUGGCAGUCGAUUCACGGCUUUCCAUUUGCCUCUUCUGCGUCGUCCUGAGUUCUUGCUCUUUUUGGGAUGGGGUGUUUUCAGUAUGCUGGGAUAUGUGGCUCUGAUAUUCAGUGUUGCCAACUUUGCUCUCUCUGUUGGUCUGUCCUCGCAUCAGGGAAGUAUUGUCUCUGCUCUGCUCAAUCUUGGGCAGGGUAUUGGUCGUCCGUUUGUUGGCAUGUUCAGUGAUCGACUUGGUCGGAUCAACAUUGCCACUUUCCUGACCUUCGUCUGUGGUUUAUUCUGUCUCGUCAUCUGGAUCUUUGCUGAUAGCAUGGGCGUCGUUUGUUUUUUCGCUGUAAUUGUUGGCACCGUUUCAGGCACAUAUUGGGCCACCGUCUCCCCUGUUCUUGCCGAGAUCAUCGGCAUCAGAGAUCUCCCAUCUGGCUUGAGUAUCACUUGGCUCACGCUUGUGCCUCCAUGUACCGUCUCCGAGGCCAUUGCCCUCGAGCUUCGCAGCCACGUUGCUGGAGGUGGCUCUUCCUAUCUGAGGGUUCAGAUCUUCACUGGAUUCAUGUAUAUUGGUGCCUUUUUGUGCUUAUGGGUUGUCCGUGGUUGGAAGGUUGGCGAGUUAGAGCAUGCAGCAAAACGCGAUGCCCAGACACGCGAGACUCCGUUAACUGAGGAUCGCGGGAGUGAGAAGCAAGACGGCCCUGCAACUGUCUCCUCAGCCUCGGCAACAGGAGUAGAAAAUACCAACCUAUGGACUCCGGCCAACUUGGUCAGGGGGAUGGUUGCUUUGAAGCGUGUCUGA